UCCGCCCUCUUCCUGUUCCUCCUGUGUUGUGUUGUUGGUAAACAUGGCUACCGCGGGAGCUGGAGAAGACCUGAGGAAAGAGCUGACAUGUGCAAUCUGUUUAGACUUCUUCAAAGAUCCCGUCAUACUGAAAUGCGGACACAAUUUCUGCCGGUUCUGCAUCUGCAUGCACUGGGAUGAAAAUGGCGGAGAGUACAACGGUUACCAGUGCCCUCAGUGCCGAACGGUGUUCAAUAAGAAAAGUUUCACCAAGAACUACCUGGUGCAAAACCUGGUGGCCAAACUGGACGACCUGGAGUGUUUGGGGUCGCGUCCGGCUCCGUCUAAGCCUGUUAAAGUAGAUGGCAAAUGUGAACAUCACGGAGAGGAGCUGAAGCUGUACUGCCAGACGGAUAGCAGGCCUAUUUGUGUGGUCUGCAGGGAAUCCAGAGCACACAGACACCAUGAGGUAGCACCAGUGCCAGAGGUUGUAAAUGACAUGAAGAUGGAGCUGAAACUACGGCUGAUGGAGCUCAACUGGCGAAAGUCUCAAUGUAUGAAGGUGAUAACAGCGGAUGAGCGGACCAAAAAUGAAGUUAGGAUGAAGAAGCAGAGCCUGAAGGAGAAAAUUGAGGGGGAUGUUGGUGCCAUGGUCCAGUUCUUGCUUGAUGAGAGAGACUCCCUGCUGGAGAGCCUGGAUGCUGAGGAAGUGGCCACCAUGGCCGUCAUAGACGACAACCUGAAGAUUGUGGAGACAGAGGCAGCAGCUGUGGACAAAGCUAUAGCUGAUAUCCACAAUCACAUCAGUGGGAAAACUAGCUUUGAGAGUCUUGCUGAGACUUACAACGAAUCCGUCCACUGCAAGCCUUUCACAUCUCUCGAGCCAGUUAAUUGUCCAUCUGACUGGACAGACUUCUCAGGGCCCUUCCAGCUUAUCAUGUGGAAGAAGAUGAUGCAUGUGCUGCAUACCAUGCCUCAGAACCUCACCUUGGACCCGGACACCGCCCACCCAAACCUGGUAAUCACAGACUUUGACACUAAAGUGGAGGAGGGCCGUGUGCGUAGCCACGAGCCAGACCUGCCAGGCCGUUUCACCCGGUUCUGCGGUGUCCUGGCCACCGCCCAGUACGCCAGCGGCCAGCACUACUGGGAGGUCGAUGUGAAGGAUAAAGGGGUGUGGUACCUGGGAGUCACCACAGAGUACAGCAACAGGAAGGGCUUCGUCAGCCUCACUCCCUCUGCGGGAUACUGGAGCCUGUGUCUGCAGGACCGGCUCUAUGCCAACGGGGAGGACGGGCGCAUCCCUGUCGCUGACUACUGGAACUCGCCCCGGGUCGGGGUUUACCUUGACUAUGACAACGGACGUCUCAGUUUCUAUGAUGCCGUCACCAUGAAGAAGCUGUACAUGUUUGACACCUGCUUUGUUGAGCCUGUCUAUCCUUUCUUUAGCCCAGGGAAGAACGACCCAGGGAGCAGGCUGCAGAUAUGCCACUAUUAUUGAGAAGGAUGCCAUACAUGCUUAUAUGUGGUUGUCUAAGAAAGGCUCACCAGUGAAAACUGCUACCACUGUUUCCACUUUUGCUGCCAGCAGAGUUUUGUUACAUAGUCCAGGCAGCAGUUGCAGUAUGAUUUUACCUUUUUGAACAUAGGCAUUCAAGCAGUUGGCUUUUGGUUGGGCUGAUGUAGAAUAUUUGGCCAAGAAUUAAGGGUUACACAGAGUAAUAAUAACCAAGUUUGGUUGUAAUGAAGAGUUUAAUCUCUCGUUUUUUUGGACCUGAAAUUUUAAAAUCUGGUUUUUCAACCUAGACACACACUGUAGGCCUAAUCCCCCUGAUGACUGUGGCUGGGGAUCGAAAAGGAACUUUGCUGUCGGUAUCACUGUGUCUGCAUGGGUGCAGAUGGAGCACAAACAGCUUCUGUCACAAUACCAACCACAAUGCCCUACUACUGUACACUAACUCGGAUGGCUAAUUUGUUGAAAAACGGUGCCAGUGUUGUUUUGGUGAUUGACAGCUUUGAAAGGACAAAUGACUAGCUGCUGACAAACAAGGUUUCCUUAAAGCCAGAACUCAACUUUUCUACACUGAUAAAUGCUGUCGGUGCUGACGGUUGUCGGAAUCAGUCAACUUUAAUUGGUAAACAUCCUGGGUCUUCAGCUCUCACACAGUGAUUGGACUUCCAGUAACCAAUGGCUGAAGUUGCUUGCAGUAUGGACAUUGUUUGCUGUCUGUACAGAUGUGUAUAUGAAUAGCCUCUUUUAAAUCAUUAUUUCAUGUAUUUUUUUUUUAAUUGUCUUGUACAUUGUAGAUGUGUUUUGAUCUGUGCUGUUUGCGAAUGCCUCUGUAUAUUGGUCUAAUAAGUCACCUUCAGCGACUUAUUUUUUUGAGUACUGAAAGUACUGUCAUGUCACUUUGUCUGCCAUUUGUCAGAUAUCUUGAGAAUCUGAUUGAAACUUUGAGCAUAUAUAGCGCAGAUCAAUGAAUUCUCAGAUUAUAUAACAUCUUAAAACUAUAUUAACAUGUUUGGAGUUUGAAGUUUUAAGGCCCUGGUAAACAACUGUUAGGGUUUAACAGCUGAGAGCCUGGACGACUGCACAGAGGUCUCCCCUCAAAAUAAGAAGAUGAUGAAAUCCUGGCUAGGCGUUUUAUUACAUAUUAAUGUUUAUUUGCAAAUUGUUUUUAUCAUUUUCCUUUUAAAAUUCUAAGUAAUUUUGUUAAAGGUUACUUUUUUUUUUAGUUUUUUGCUUGCUGUUGUUUUGUUUUUGCAAGAUGCGCGUUACAAUUACAAGUCCAUCAGCCAUGCCCGGUGCUUCUUGAUGUUUUAAAACCGGGUUCAGUGUGAAGUUUUAUUUUUAUUAUGAUUAUUUUUUAAAUUCUAUACAGUCUGUUUUUGAAUAUACAUAAACAUGUUAUUUACAGUUAUUAUACUAUUGUUAUUUUUUUUUUCCCAUUUUGAUUCUAACCAGAAUUUGAAUUUUUAUUUCACUCAUGUCUGUGCAGUUUUACACAGUGCAGCUCACAAGUGCAAUACUUGCUCUCCUAAAGUGUUAAACAGAGAGUUUCUUCAAAAGGAUCCCAUUCAGGAGCAAACCACUCGAGAGCAUGACUAGUGAAGAUAGUUGAGAAUGGCCAUGCAGUCAGUCUCAAAUCACGACCAUUGCAGUUUUCUGAGUGGCAUCCGUUUAUUUUGAGGACUGUAAGCUACUAAAAACGGUAGCUAUGUAAAUCCCUGCACUCUCUGACUUUGAGUCUUUGAUAAUAAAUGUUUCACCUC